GCCUGUGGACGAAUGACCUUGGAAAAGGGAACCUCUAAACCUCUUAGUCAUUUCAUAUAUUCUUCAGUGAGAACGAGACUUCGUAUUCUCCGAGGUCUUCUCCAGAUACCUUCUAAAUUGGAGUCAAAUUCUUCUUUGGUUGAUCCAGAAACCAGCAAUUUCGCGCUCUACUUGGGUGACUAUCGAUGGGAUGUCUUUGGGGUUAAUUCGUACACCUACCAAGUCAGUGUCAUUCAAGCUCGUCAUGUUAUUGCUGUGGAUUUGCAAGAGGGGUAA